GGGCGGGGAGGAGGGAGGAGCCGGGCGCGUUUCCUGGCGGCGGGCGGCUGGCGCGGCGUGGGCAGGUCCGGGAGAAGUUCGCCGAGUCCGCCCCGGGGGCAGAGGCGCGUCCGUGUCCGUGUCCGUGUCCGUGUCGGUGAGGUAGAGGCCGCCCGCGGCCCCGCCGCCUGCUCGGCAUGGCCGGCCGCCUCGGCCGCGGGAUGUGCCGCGGGAUGGGCAAGCGGGGCCGGGGCUGCCGGGGCUGCCGGGGCGGGGGCGCGCUGCUGGCCCUGGGGCUGCUGGCGGCCGUCGGCGUCCUCGCCUGGCGGCACGGCCCGCCGCCCCCCCCCGCCGCCCGCCGCCCCCCGCCGCCGCCGCCCGCCGAUGCCGAGCUGCUGCGGAAGCCGGUGUACGCGAAGCCGGCCCUGGACCCGGGGGCGCUGGGCGAGCUGGGCCGGGCGGUGCGGCUGGAGCUGAGCCCCGCCGAGAAGCGCCGCCAGGAGGAGAGCAUCCGCCGGCACCAGAUCAACAUCUACCUGAGCGACCGCAUCUCGCUGCACCGCCGCCUCCCCGAGCGCUGGAACCCGCUAUGCAAAGAGAUGAAGUAUGAUUAUUACAGCCUGCCAAAAACCUCCGUUGUGAUAGCUUUUUAUAAUGAGGCUUGGUCAACACUUCUGCGAACUGUUCAUAGUGUUCUUGAGACAUCUCCAGAUAUACUUUUGGAAGAAAUUAUCCUUGUAGAUGAUUACAGUGACAAAGAACAUUUAAAGGAGAGGUUGGAAAACUACGUGGCUGGGUUACGCAAGGUGCGUCUUAUCCGCGCCAAUAAGCGAGAGGGGCUGGUUCGAGCCCGGCUGCUGGGGGCGUCUGUGGCAAAAGGAGACAUCCUGACGUUCCUGGACUGCCACUGCGAAUGCCACGAGGGCUGGCUGGAGCCGCUGCUGGCAAGGAUUGCAGAAGAAGAAUCAGCCGUUGUCUGCCCUGUCAUUGAUGUUAUUGACUGGAAUACAUUUGAGUACUUGGGAAAUGCUGGUGAGCCGCAGAUUGGUGGAUUUGACUGGAGACUGGUCUUCACUUGGCAUACUACCCCUGAAAGAGAACAAAAACGGAGGAAGUCCAAGACCGAUGUGAUCAGGUCUCCAACCAUGGCAGGUGGAUUGUUUUCUGUGAGCAAGAAGUAUUUUGAUUAUCUUGGUUCAUAUGACACAGGAAUGGAAGUCUGGGGAGGAGAAAACCUUGAAUUCUCGUUUAGGAUAUGGCAGUGUGGAGGAAGUCUUGAGAUCCACCCGUGCUCGCAUGUAGGUCAUGUUUUCCCCAAACAAGCUCCCUACUCACGGUCCAAAGCUUUGGCAAACAGCGUGCGUGCAGCUGAAGUGUGGAUGGAUGACUAUAAAGAACUUUAUUACCACCGAAACCCACACGCUCGCCUGGAACCUUAUGGAGAUGUGACAGAAAGGAGACUUCUUAGAGAGAAGCUGAAAUGUAAGGACUUCAAAUGGUUCUUGGAGAACGUGUACCCAGAGCUUCACGUACCCGAAGACAGACCGGGUUUCUUUGGAAUGCUGAAGAAUAGAGGAAUGGCAAACUUCUGUUUUGAUUAUAACCCUACAAAUGAACACCAAGUAACUGGACACAGGAUCAUACUGUACCCAUGUCAUGGCAUGGGACAUAAUCAGUUUUUCGAGUACACAUCCCAUAAUGAAAUACGUUACAACACCCGACAGCCAGAAGUCUGUGUGGCAGUGGAUUCAGGGACUGACUACUUGACAAUGUACUUGUGUCAAGAAAGCAUCCACAGCGUUCCUGAAAACCAGAAGUUUGUUUUCAGGGAGGACGGUACUUUGUUUCAUCUACACACCCAGAAGUGUGUGCAAGCUGAAUCAAACGCUUACAAUGGUAACCCAGCGCCAUUAUUACGACCAUGUACCAACUCGGACUACCAAAAAUGGUUCUUCAGAGAAAGAAGUUGAUCCAGAUGUCAUCUAGGAUAUAGCUGAAUAUGAAAAUGUUCUCUUUCUAGUCAGCACUUAGUCAGCCUUCUGAAAAUCACAUAAGUGAUAUAUUUUUGUAUGGAAAGAACUGUCAUUAGUUUACAAGCCUUGGAUUUUGUUUUCUGGAGCAUUAAAAGGCACUAAGCAUUGAGAGCUACAUAAAGUAAGUGCUGUGGUUAUAUCAUGCCACAUAAUCUGCUCCUCUUUUCUCUUUAUUUGGCAGCUACAUAACUGCUUCUGAAGUGACUUAGGUUCUUUUCACAAGUGACAAUAUAUUUUUUUAAUCUACUGUGUGGAAGUAAGGCAGUCAAAAUAAUUGCACUAACGUUAUCUGCCAAUAACUUAAAAUGUUUAUUUUUCUACUAAAACAUUCUGCAGUUGGGCCUUUUUAACAGAGAGUAGUUAAUAAUUCUUGUUCCUUAAAAACCAAGGAGGUAAAUAUAGGACAGAUUCUGCCCUAAGUGACUGCCACAAAACCCUUACUGAAGACAGUGUGGAUUUGCACAUGAAGACAGAGUGGGUCUUUUGCACAAACAACAAUCUAGAUGCAUACAGAUUGCACAUGCUUGUCAGUACUAUACAUUAAAUGUUGUGACGAUUUUAGAUGCUCAUGGCACUUGAUGAGUUUCUAAUCAUGCUUAAGCCUGGGGAGUAAAACGGGGAUUUUCCCAUAUUUCUUAAAGAAGUAAGGCAACAAUAUUUAAAGGCGAUGCUCUGGGAAAAGCUGUUUAGAUUCACAUAGAUCUAGCUAUGUGUCUGUGUCCCAGGCUGUACAACUUACUUUAACAUGAUGUGGAUUUUUGAACACUUAUAAAACUUGUGAGAUCAGACCUAGCAAUACUUUUUUUUGACAGAUUUCAAAAUCACAGAGAAAAUGAAUCUAAGAAAUUAUCAUUCAUUAAAUUGUAAAUGUUUAAAUGGUUCAUACAAAAAUGAUUGUAUAAACAAAAAUGGUUUUGCAAGGAAUCGAUAAUGAUAUGCAGCUGAUAUUAAUACAAAAAGAAUUGUCUUUCAGAAAUAACUUGCAUUUUGUCUGGGAACUCCUUUUCUGAUAACUUUUUUGUGUCAGCACAUACAGUCCUUUUGAAAACACGGGGUUUAAUCUGCACUGGUACAAGUUGUCUUCUGCUGUGGUGUGUAGGAUCUGCUUUACCCAAUCAGACAAGUGGUGUGUAUAGCGAUGAUUUGGUCAUUGACCAUCAUCAUUACAAUAUUGAUUAAAAGGGUUUCAACUCAUACGGAAAGCUUCUCUCUAUAUUAGUUGGAGGUAUGCUUAUGUGUAGAAGUAUGAAGAUUUCAGCCUUUUUUCCCCAGAAGUCUGUCUUGGCAUCUGUUUAAUUUAGUUUGGGAUUUCUACUAUUAUUUGCCUUUGUUCAUGUUUUCUGUAAAAAAAUGUGCAGCCCUUUGAGUCCUCAUAAGCUCGUGUCAUUUUGGCAUAUCUAUUUAUAUGAUUAGGGUGUGGGGGGGGAGGGUUUGUGCCUGUAGGAGAUGCAUACGUAGGUUCUUCCAAGUUCUUUCUAGACCCAUGUAGAUGGGAUGUUUUUGUGAGCACCUUUCAAGUUUUGUCCCUGUGGGCUGGACUGAUGAAAUUGAUGUUAGAAUUAAUAAAACAUUUUGUGAUUCAGUAGGUUAGGAGCUGUCAUUCCAACUAUGGGAGUGUUUUUCUUAUGGCCGCUGCCUUUCUUUUAAUAAUUUUGCUGAUCUCUUAGGCUCUGAUCCCUGCAGCACUUGGGACAAGACAGCUUUAUUUUAUGGUCUCUUAAGUUCCCUUUCCUCAGUAAUUUCCUCAUUCACUCAGUAAUGCUUCUGUUCACCUGCUAGCAGCAGUGGUGUGCACUUUGUGGAGCCACAAAUGAAAACUUGUUGGCUGCAUGAGAGAACUGUGAGAGCUCCAGCAACGCAGCAAGGUUUUUCUGUUCAUUUCUUCUGCUUUGUCUUCGUGACUGUUGAAUGAAUUACAUUAGUAACUUAAUGAGAGCCCAGCUAUUACAACUGUGUUGUAAUAGUCAUAGUCAUAUGUAAUAGUCGAUAGUCAAUGGUCAGUGAGGUUUUCUUAGUUUCAGCACUUCAAGAUUUCAUCACCAGAUGGUGGUAGGCAAGGGAAACUUGUAUGAAAAAUAUUUUCCAAUUACUGUCUUCCCACUCAGCACUUGUUUAGAGGGAAGUAUUGAUGUUUUGGGCUUCUAGUUACAGGCAGCAGAGCUGUUUUCUCAUAUGCCAGCAAACGUGCUAGCCUGGGUUGGAUAUUUGCUAGGCAAACACAUGUAUAUUGCAGUCAAAAGCAGACACUGAAUGUAGCAACGUCACCAGCUUGCUCUCCCUAUAGUGGCCUUUUAGUCAAUUUACUUACCAUUUUUCUCCUUUAUAUCCUUUUCUUCUCAACUCACUGGAAUUGUAUUAAUGUCUGGCUUCAGAUUUGGAGGGUGAAGGACUCCAUCAAGCAUCUGAGUCACAAUGCAUAUCUUCAGACUUCCUUUUGGGGAAGGUCAGAGCUAUCUGCUGAGAAAUGCACUUGGACUUUGGGCUUCUCCUCAGUAGAGGAGGGGCUGGAUGCCUCACAGGAAUGGAAAAAUUGGAGGACCUCAGUGGCAAAUCGAUACUUCGUCUGGUUCUGACCUCUUAGGGCGCUCUCUGAAAAAGAGAGAGAGCGGAAUACUUCCCACACAGUCCAAGUCAAGAAGCAGUAGGUCCCCCCUUUCUUAGUAUUCAUCUUCCUUUUAUACUGGGAGCCAUUUCUUUUCCCCUUUGCCACUAACCAUGUGAAGCACCCAUAAAACCAAAACUUGCAACUCAAGCCUUUUGAUAACGUUAGAUUGAAAUAAUGGGAUGCUGGCAGCACAAACUGGGAAAUCUCAAGGGUCCUUCUUCCAUUUGGUACCAUCACUCUGUUCAAAACAAGAAAGGACGUUUUUUAAAUAUGGAAAGAUGGACUGAACAAAUUGUCCUAAGAAGGUGUUGUCCCAGCGCACAGUACGCUGUAUAAAAUUCUAUGAUAGAGACAAAGAAAUCUGUCCUCUAAAUGGAUUGUAUUCAUUCCUCGUUGCCUAGCUGUGAAUAAGCCCUUCCCAUGUUUACUGCCUUUUUAGGCAUUAUACUGGAUCAGUGUGAUUUUGUGUUCUCCCAGGUUCCUUCCCUUCGUCUGGUGUUCCUUGGAUGUCCCUAGAUAUGGGGCGUAUUUGGCAUGGUUGGGGCACAAAAGAUUAAGUCAGGAGACAGUUUAAUUCACAGAAUUAAACUGUGCAAAAUGUUUUCCCAAUUUUCCAUAUCCUGUGCUGAAUACACCUUGUGAAGGGAAUAGUAAUGUGCAAGGACCCUUUAACCUUUAAUAAAUUACCUGAUGGUAUUAUCCCCAAAAGGAGAAUUUGGCGUUGUAAGUACUGAUGGAACUUGCUGAAUUUUUUGAAAUUCAAAAGUAAUUAAAAAAUUUGUAAUUAAAAACCUGCUUAUUUCUUAGUCUUUGCAUUCCUUUAUUAAAAAAAAAUUGCAAUCCA